ACCGAGUUUUCAUUUGAAAAUCUGGUCUUUCCAAAAUGGAGGAGAGAAGGCUGCUCACAUUGAUGGUCUUUUCCUUACUCAUAGUAUUAGCAGAAACUAUUGCUCAAAAGCAUGCUAUUGAAAUCUACAGCCUCCAUGUGGACUGCAAGGUCACAUCGCGAUUUGCUCACACAGUCAUCACCAGCAAAAUUGUCAACCGAGCUAAUGAGUCCAAAGAGGCAACCUUUGAAGUGGAGUUACCAAAGACGGCCUUCAUCACCAACUUCUCCAUGUCCAUUGACGGUAAGGUGUACCCAGGAAUAAUAAAGGAGAAAGCUUCUGCUCAAAAGGAAUAUGACGCUGCGGUCUCACGAGGGCAGAGUGCCGGGCUUGUGAAAAUCACAGACAGAAAACUGGAGCAGUUUCAUGUGUCUGUCAGCAUAGCAGCCACCAGCAAAGUCACUUUUGAGCUGAUGUACGAGGAGCUGUUGAAGCGGCAGCUGGGGAAGUUUGAGCUGCUGAUUAAGGUCCGACCGAAGCAGCUUGUGAAGCAAUUCCAGAUUGAUGUGCACAUCUUCGAGCCCCAAGGCAUAUGCUUCUUGGAGACAGACAGCACGUUCAUGACAAAUGAGUUAACUGAGGCGCUCACGAAAGUGCAGAACGAAACCAAGGCUCAUAUUUUAUUUAAGCCAACUGUAGAACAACAGAAGAUAAACCCUGAACUCGAUGAAACCCUCCUCAAUGGUGAUUUUGUUGUGCGUUAUGAUGUUAAAAGAGGUGCCGCUGCAGGUGAUAUACAGAUUGCCAAUGGGUAUUUUGUGCAUUACUUUGCACCCCAUGAAAUGCCAGUGUUUCCCAAAAAUGUCGUCUUCGUUAUAGAUCGAAGUGGCUCCAUGGCAGGCAGAAAAAUUGAACAGACGAGGGAUGCCCUGUUGAAGAUUUUGCAAGACCUCCACCCAGAAGAUCAUUUCAGCUUUAUCACUUUUAACAACAAAGUGGUGGAGUGGAAGAGCUCUUUGCUGCAAGCCACUGCAGAGAACGUGGCGAGCGCUGCAGGAUUCGUGCGAACACUUUCUGCUAGUGGAGGCACAGAUAUCAAUCGUGCCCUGCUGACUGCUGUGAGCAUGCUGGAUAAAGCUGAGAGGCUGCCAGAACGGAGCGUCUCCAUGAUUAUUUUGCUGACAGACGGCCAGCCCACUUCUGGUGAGGUUAAUGUGGAAGUAAUUCAAGAAAACAUUCAGAAAGUGAUCAAUGGGAAAUUUGCUCUUUUCUGCCUUGGGUUCGGGUUUGAUGUCAGUUAUAAGUUCCUGGAGAAAAUGGCCCUAAGCAAUGAGGGAAUAGCACGUCGUAUAUAUGAGAAUGCUGAUGCAGCCUUGCAGCUCCAGGGCUUUUAUCAAGAGGUGGCUACCCCAAUAUUAAUGAAAAUUGAAAUGCAGUAUCCAGAAAACACCAUUGAGGGAUUAACCAAGAACAAUUUCAAGCUGUUUUUUGAAGGAUCUGAAAUUAUAGUAUCUGGAAAAAUUAGCAAUGAGAUUGAUCUUUUGCCAGUAGAAAUUAGAGCUCAGUCACAUACUAGUGACUUGACUCUUAAAGAAGAAGCAAAUGUCAAAGAGAAGGAGCAAGUAUUUCAAAAUCAGAGUUACAUCUUUGGAAAUUUCAUAGAGAAACUGUGGGCUUACUUAACCAUUCAACAGCUUCUGGAAAAAUCUAUUUCAGCACAAGAAGAGAACAAGAAAACUCUGGAGGCGCAAGCUCUAGAGCUGUCUCUGCGGUACAGCUUUGUUACACCCCUCACUUCCAUGGUGGUCACCAAACCUGCUGGCCAGUCGCAGUCGGAGCUGGCGAACAAACCCACCGAAGCUGAUAAUGAGAAGCUCAAGAAUUUUCCAGUACGAGCUAAAGCACCUGUCACGAAAUUAAGCUCAAGAUAUUUUCUACUUGCUCCUAAGGAUGAUUUAGAUGUUUAUAGACUGAGGGGUGGAUCACCUGCUGUUAGGCUAACAGACAAAACGAGAGCACAACCUCUUGCCCACGAAUAUCCACAGCUUCUCUUGCAAUUACCCAAACAAAAUGAAAUAAUCUGUUUAAAUACCCAUGGAAAAGCUCAGCCCUCUGUCCACCUGCUGUCAGACCCAGAGCAAGGACUCACUGUCACGGGGAAACUUGGAGACAGAAGAAAUCGCUUUGUGCAGUUUGAAAUUACCUACGUGAAUCCCCCUGCACGAAUCCAUGCCUCCACGGAUGAGAUUGUAUUAAGCCACAAUAACCAGAGCAUUCAGCUGCUGUGGACAGAGUCAGCCACCUCCACCGCCCAGGGGCUGAGAGUCUCAGUUGAAAAGGAAAGGAGCCUUACAGCAUCAUUGUCUGAUACAGUCACAGUAAAAAUUUCCUUUGUGAAGUUCCUGGAUAAUUUCCUCGGGCUGUAUUUCUUGAACACCGACCAUUUUUCUGACAAAGUCAGUGGAGUUCUGGGUCAAUUUUAUUCAAAAGCAAAAUUUGGGAGCGAUUCCAACAUCAACCUGAGAGCUGACGAAAGACUCCUCAGUGUGUCUGGAUCUCAGCACAAAGUCACCAGGCAAUACAAGAAAGAUUACAGGCUUGAGUCAACCAGUGGUCCUGUUCCUUGCUGGUCAAUAGAUGUAACUCCCUAGAAAAGAGUAUUCUGGGAAAGAGAAAACUGCAAAUGAUGCUCUUCCAAAUGGUUUUGAUACUUUCUCUCAUGAAGAAAACCACAUAGUUAAAGCCUUAGCUGUCACUAUAUACAAAUGUCACAAAUCUUUUAGCUUAAAAUAAUUAUACUUUCACGAUGAGAAUGUGCUUGCUUGUUGUUGUUUUGAAAUGGUUUCUAAUACUCAGUGUGGCUAUGCUGUUGAAGAAUUAUGUGAAUGAACUAAAUAAAAUUUAUUUUAUCAGCUCA